GGUUGCUCGGCCCCGCCCAAUGGCCGUGCGUACGUGCGUCGUCUCUAUGGUGGCGGCGGAUUCGCAGGGACGAAGGAUUCCCAGAGUCAGGAAUCACCACUGCCGUCUGUUUCCUGCGCGCCUGUGACCGAAUUCGGGCCUUUCUCCGCUAGGAUGUUCCGCCGGGAGCGCUCUCUUCCCCUUCGAGGUUCGGCUGCAGCCCUAUGCAACAACCUCAGUGUGCUGCAGAUGCCCGCCCGAAACCUCACACAUUUUGGGGUAGUCCAUGGACCCAGCGCCCAGCUUCUCAGCGCAGCUCCUGAGGGUGUGCCCUUGGCCCAGCGCAAGCUCCACGCUAAGGAGGGAGCUGGAGUGAGCCCUCCACUUAUCACCCAGGUCCAUUGGUGUGUCCUCCCCUUCCGAGUGCUGCUGGUACUCACCUCACAUCGAGGAAUACAGAUGUAUGAGUCAGAUGGCUCUGUCAUGGUCUAUUGGCACGCACUGGACUCUGGAGAUGCGUCUCCAGUACAGGCUGUGUUUGCCCGAGGAAUUGCUUCCAGUGGCCACUUCAUCUGUGUGGGAACGUGGUCAGGCCGCGUACUGGUGUUUGACAUCCCAGCCAAGGGUCCCAACAUUGUACUGAGUGAAGAGCUGGCUGGGCACCAGACAUCAGUCACAGACAUUGCAACCGAGCCUGCCCAGGGACAGGACUGUGUGGCUGACAUGGUGACGGCAGAUGACUCAGGCUUGCUGUGUGUCUGGCGGUCAGGUCCCGAAUUCAAAUUAAUGACCCAAAUUCCAGGAUUUGGGGUCCCUUGCCCUUCCGUGCAACUGUGGCACGGGGCAGUAGCAGCAGGCUACGGGGAUGGGCAAGUGCGUCUGUACGAGGCCAGUACAGGAACUCUGCACGUCCAGAUCAGCGCCCACGCCCGGGCCAUCUGUGCCCUGGACCUGGCUCCCGAGGUGGGCAAGCUUCUCUCUGCAGCUGAGGACACCUUUGUACACAUCUGGAAGCUGAGCAGAAGCCCAGAGAGUGGCCACACUGAGGUGGAACACUGUCAUGGUGAGUGUGUACCUGACACCCAGGUGUGUGGUGCCCGAUUCUGUGACCCCUCAGGCAGCUCCUUUGCUGUGACCGGCUAUGACCUUGCUGAGAUCCUGAGAUUCAGCAGCGUGUGAGAGAAGAGCAGCCCUCCCUUCUCCUUGUGGUAUUUAUAAAGUACCCCUCCACCCAGCGCUUGUCUGAUUACUCAGUAUCACAGUUAUACCUCACAACUACCGGUCAACUAAGCUCCAGAGAUGA